AUGUUCUCAAAUCGCGAGCAACUUCGGUCGUGAACGGACGUGCUUUCGCAGUGAAAACGGAAUCUAGGCGUCGCGAAACAAAAGAAUAUUGGCAACAAACUUGUUUGAAUCAAAUGGCCAAACGUUAAUAUCCGCAAAGGGCAGAAGGAUAAAUUUAACGGCCUGUGAAGCACGUGCUAAAUGAAAAUGAACAUAUAUUAAGAGCAGACUGAUCGCCACAAUUCAAAUCAAAGUGGGCUAGUGGUCACGAAACUUGCAGAGCAAAAAAAAAACCAAAAAGGCACUUAGCAAAAAAUAAAUAAAGAGCGCCAAAAACGAAUUUGACGCCGCUGCGAUGCGUAGGAGGCGUGGCACGCCCCUGGGCGUCAGCUGGUCGAACUGCGUCCUACUUUUUGGCAUUGGUUUGCUACUGGUGCUCAUUUCGGUGCAGGCCAAGAACCCACGAUCCCACCGAGGACCUCCGGCACCUGCUCCUUCACCCGCGGAUCCAAUGGCAUCUGUAGCGCAAGGGAACACUCUCAGGCGGGAACAUUCCGCGAAUGAUGGUGUCCUUCAACGACUAUCACCGGACACUGAAAAGGGCAGCGACGAGGACGGACACCAUCAGAGGACCCACCUGCACCAUCGUCAACAAUUCGAUGCGUAUCUGGGAACCAUUCGCCGACUGCGACGACCCUACCGCAGCAAAUACACCAUCGAGCAGCUGAUGCGCCUGCAUGUGACACCAAAGGUAUCCGGAGACAUUGACAUGGAUCCCUGCAAGGCCGGCGGUUUCAUGGGCGACAUUGCCCUGCCCGAGGGCGAUUCAGGUCCGCCGGUGGUGGCCCACACGCCAACCAAUGACGACGAGGUGGAGGAGCCGGAGGAGCAACUGCUGGCAGACGCCCCACAGCCCGCAUCCGUUUCCGCUUCCGCGUCAGCAUCCGGACCCACCAAGUUCAAUGCCACCUUCCAGCUGGACCUGGAGAAGCUCAAGCAGGAGGUCUACCACGAGGGGCUCCAGGUGGAGGAGGAGGGCCUCACCGACAUCAUCCGCAAGAAGACCAAGCUGCCCAGCUCGGGUUCGGUGAACUUAAAAGCCGGACAGACCCAAUUGCAGAGCCAAAGUGUCAAUGAACCCGUGAAGCCCGGUUCGCAGUCGCCCUCUGAUUAUGCUCAGUCCGCCAGCUACAGGAACGAAGUGCUACCGCCUUCCGAGCAGCGCACCCAUAUGGACAAACCAGCCAGGCUGACGCUGGCCGAGAUUGGCUCCAAGUCCGGCAACAAAACCCAGCCACUGCAUCGCAAUGUGGACGCCCGCAAGAUUCAGUCGGACAACAAGGACAUCGAGGACGAUUCGGGCAAUAACUUUGUGGCCGAGCGGCGUCCGUCGCAGAUUGUGCCCACCUCGCUGCCGGAACAGCGAUCUACUCCUGCCCACGUCUACAGCAAUGCCGGCGGCAACGGGAUGCAACUGGACGACGAGGUGGACUUCCUGCACUCGCGUGGAGUGGUGAGACGCCGCCACAGACGAGGACCCAAGCAGAGACGCAGCAACCAGUAUUUGGAGCACGAGGCCAAGCUGCAGAGAUUGCGCGAGGAGCUGAGCCGCCCAGUGGUCGAGGGACAGAUGCACCACCACCAAACGCACCACCAAAAGCAGCUGCAGUACCACCAGAAGCAGCACCACCAGCAUCAGAAUAAAAACCGCAAGAAACACAGGUCACAUCGUCAGCGCCGUCGACGUGGCCAAAGCACCACGCAAUAUGUGAACCAUUCCCCGCCAGGAUUCAAUCAAUCGGUCCAGCAGUCCACGCCAGAAAUGGAUUUGACAAAAGCGGAAAGUCCCAAGGAUGAGGAGCAACUGCGUCAUCGAGUGGCUCGCGCCGUCACCGCCAAAAAGGAACGCAUCUGGGACUACGGAGUGAUUCCCUACGAGAUCGACGGCAACUUCAGUGGCAUCCACAAGGCACUCUUCAAGCUGGCCAUGCGCCACUGGGAGAACUCCACGUGCAUCAAGUUCGUGGAGCGCGAUCCAGAGAUCCAUCCCAACUACAUCGUCUUCACUGUGCGCAGUUGCGGAUGCUGCUCUUUUGUGGGUAAGCGUGGCAAUGGACCCCAGGCCAUCUCGAUCGGCAGGAACUGCGACAAGUUUGGCAUUGUGGUGCACGAACUGGGCCACGUGGUGGGCUUCUGGCACGAGCACACGCGUCCGGAUCGCGAGAAGCACGUGGUGAUCGAGCACAACAAUAUUAUGAAGGGGCAGGAUUACAACUUCAACAUGCUGUCGCCCGACGAGGUGGACUCGCUGGGCAUGGCCUACGACUAUGACUCAAUAAUGCACUACGCAAGGAACACCUUUUCGAAGGGCACUUAUCUGGACACCAUCCUGCCCAUCGAGAUGAAGGGUAGAAAGAGGCCGGAAAUUGGCCAGCGGUUGCGCCUUAGCCAGGGCGACAUUGCCCAGGCCAACCUGCUCUACCGAUGCCCCAAGUGCGGAAGGACAUUCCAGGAGAGCUCCGGAAUCUUCGCCACGCCCUCUUACUAUACGGCCGGAGCCCUGACCAACGAGACGGAGCACUGCGAGUGGCGGAUCACCGCCACCUAUGGAGAACGGGUGGAACUGAAGCUGGAGAGUAUGAACAUCUUCAAGUCGAAUAAUUGCGAGACGGACUACCUGGAGAUUCGGGACGGCUACUUCGAGAAGUCGCCGCUCAUCGGACGCUUUUGCGGCAAGGUGGACAAGGAUGUGAUCCGCACGGAGACUAGCCGCAUGCUGCUCACCUACGUGAACACACAUCGCAGCGAGGGAUUCAGGGGUUUCAAGGCGGAGUUCGAUGUUGUUUGCGGUGGCGAGCUGUCCGUGGACGAGGCCGUGGGUCGUUUGGAGUCACCCAACUAUCCGCUGGACUACUUGCCCAACAAGGAAUGCGUGUGGAAGAUAACAGCUCCAGAGAAUCACCAGGUGGCUCUGAAAUUCCAGUCCUUCGAGGUGGAAAACCACGACAGCUGUGUCUACGACUACGUGGAAGUGCGCGAUGGUCCUGUCCAGGAUUCGCCGCUAAUUGGCGUUUUCUGCGGCUACAAGCCGCCGCCGAACAUGAAGUCAAGUGGCAAUUCGAUGUUCGUGAAAUUCGUGUCGGACACUUCGGUGCAGAAGGCGGGCUUCUCCGCCGUCUUCAUGAAGGAGGUGGACGAGUGCGAGACCCAGAACCACGGCUGCGAGCACGAGUGCAUCAACACGCUGGGCGGCUACGAGUGCAGCUGCCGGAUUGGGUAUGAGCUGCAUAGUGACAAGAAACACUGCGAAGAUGCCUGCGGCGGCGUCAUUGAGUAUCCGAAUGGCACCAUCACAUCGCCCUCGUUCCCCGAGAUGUAUCCUCUGCUGAAGGAGUGCAUCUGGGAGAUUGUGGCCCCGCCCAAGCACAGGAUAUCGCUGAACUUCACCCACUUCGAUCUGGAGGGCACGGCGCAUCAGCAGUCGGACUGCGGCUACGAUUCGGUGACCGUUUACUCGAAGCUGGGCGAGAACAGGCUGAAAAGGAUCGGCACCUUCUGCGGCUCGGCCAUUCCGCCAACGGCCACCUCGGAGAGCAAUGCUUUGAGGCUGGAGUUCCAUUCGGACAAGUCCAUCCAGAGAUCCGGAUUCGCGGCUGUCUUCUUCACGGACAUCGACGAGUGCGCCGUGAACAAUGGAGGCUGCCAGCACGAGUGCCGGAACACCAUUGGAUCGUACAUCUGCAUGUGCCACAACGGCUACUCCAUGCACGAAAAUGGCCAUGACUGCAAGGAGGGCGAGUGCAAGUACGAGAUCUCCGCCCCUUUUGGCACCAUCUUCAGCCCCAACUACCCGGACUCUUAUCCGCCGAAUGCCGACUGCGUGUGGCACUUCAUCACGACGCCAGGCCAUCGCAUCAAGCUGAUAUUCAACGAGUUCGACGUGGAGUCCCACCAGGAAUGCACCUACGACAACGUGGCAGUUUAUGAUGGCGAAUCCGAGUCGAGCUCCGUUCUGGGUCGCUUUUGCGGAGAUAAGAUCCCCUUCCCCAUCUCCUCCACCAACAACCAGAUGUACAUGGUGCUCAAGACGGACAAGAACAAACAGAAGAGCGGAUUCACGGCCUCGCACUCAACAGCCUGCGGGGGCUAUCUGCGUGCCACCAGCCAAGUUCAGCAGUUCUACUCACAUGCGCGAUUCGGAAACCAGGACUACGACGACAGCAUGGACUGCGAGUGGACCAUCGCAGCCCCGGACAACAGCUACGUCCAGCUUAUAUUCCUCACCUUCGACAUCGAGAGCAGCGAGAACUGUACCUUCGACUACGUACAGGUCUUCUCCGAUAUAGACGACGUCUACGGACAGUACGGACCCAUGUACGGACAGUACUGCGGCAAUGUGCUGCCCCAGGACAUCAACUCGAUGACGCACUCGCUGCUGGUUCGCUUCAAGACGGAUGCCUCGGUGCCGGAGAAGGGCUUCUCGGCCUCGUAUGUGGCCGUGCCCAAUUCCGGGGAGUACGACCACUCCGACGAGGAUGCGGAGAACUCGUACAGCUCCGAGAUGGUCACCCCCUUUCCGGGCUCCCUGAAGAGCAUCUACAUCGAGGACACGCAGGAGGAGACCGACGAGUAUGGGGAUGUGAGCGAGAACCGCCUGGUCUUCAAUGGCCAGUACCGCCCGUACAGUCUGCCCCAUCGCUACUACUCGGGCAAGGCAUAGAGCGCACAUCGAGCGCCAAAACUUCAUGACAAUAUAUUAAAAACUGAAUUUAUUUAACAGAUUUAGGCAUAUCGUGGCGUACGUAAAACAGACUUUCUCGAUCUUCCAUGUGCACAUUUCUGGGAAAGGCCAGGACGUAAUCAAGAUCCAAUAUUAGUUGUAGGCACUCUAGACGCGUCAGCAAGUCGGCUAAAAACUGUGGUGGCAAUUACUUAGAACUAUGGAACUACAUUUAAUGUACUUUGAUUAGUCUUCUCUAGACUCUGUAGCUAAAUGUGCAAUAUUCUCUUUGCAUUUCACAGCUGUUAACCUGAAGCAUUUUCUUGGAUUCGAUUUCUGUUUUAUUGUGGUAGCAUAAGUCGAUGGGUGCCGAGGCCCCAUAUAUCAAAGUCGGAUCAGAACGGAAGUUAGGAUAGGACAUAUCUUCGGAUGCACACUGAACUUUUCACGCAUGCAUAUGUACAACUCUCGUAAAUUUGACUCAACUUAAUACGUAAUUAAAUCUAUAUAUAUACAUACUAUUAAAACUUGCAUAGUAACUAUGUUUUAAAACCAAAA